AUGCGGCGCGGCUGUCGGAGCAUUCUGUGGUCGACCGAGUGGCGGCAGUUGCAGCAUUCUGUAGUAGACGCGUUCACCACCAAGCCUGCCGUGCUGCGGGCUGCCGACAGCGUGUGGCAGGCAUCGCAGGUGAUUGAGGUGAUGGAGGAGGUCGAGGUGUCCACGCGCGUUCUGUUCUACCUGCAGCGGUACGCUUCGCAGCGGGUGCUCGUGUUCGCCGACAGGCCCAAGGCCUUGGAGAGCAGCCUGCCGAGCUGGGUCCUGAGCGACCCGUUGGCCACCGCGCAGAACGGCCAAGGCCGUGUCCAAGUGGUGUCCAACGACGUGCCCUGGGACUCCGGCGGUCUGUUCGACGUGGUGCUGCACGCCAGCGCCCCGCCAAACCGCGGCGAGUUCCACCGCCGGCUGGGCUCUUGUCGCCAGCUUGCGGUCGCGCUGCUCGCCACAGUCCCCAGGGGCGGCAGCACGAGGCUGAGCGACGCCUGGCUGUCCUUCGCGGAGUACGCCCAGUCUUCUGUGGUGGGGGAGGACGCGGAGCUGCUGCGGAGGCUCGCGUCGGAGGGCGACCAGGUGGAGGCCCGCGUGAGCGACCUCGAGCAGCUCACGUCGGAGAUAGCCAAGCGCGAGGCCAAGAGCGACAACGACUGGGACGCCUUCCGGGACGGCGUCGGCGCCGACCUGGCCUGGGACGACUGGGGCGGGAGCCACGCGGCGUUCUGA